CCGGCGCGCAGCCACACGCCUCAGCCGCUGCACCGCGGGCGCGGGCCGCCGCCCGCCAUCCCCCACCCCGGGCCGUUGGGCGGGAAGGCGCCCGCCGCCGCCGCCGGGUGCCCUGGCGGAGGGGGCGCGGGACCGCUCCCAGGCGGCCCCCGCGCCGGGCUCCCUCCCGGCCUCUCGCGGCACCUCCCUCCCUGCCUCCGCCCCCUGCGCCGCGUCCAGCGGCUGCCAAAGCUGCCGGGGCCGGCUGAGGCGCCUCCUGCGCCCAGUGUCGAGCGGGAAGGGCGGCGGGGCGGUAGGGCACGGCACGGCACGGCACGGGCGCUCCCCCGGGGCCAGGUGAGCGGCUGCUCGGCCGCGGGCGGAGAGGGCUAGAGGGCGAGGAGGGACUGGCAAAGUGGCCGGCUGUGGAGGUGGGAGUCGUCCUGAGUUGCUGGGCUGAGAAUGGUUGCUUGGAGAAAGCAGCACUGCUGUGUUGGCAGAAUCCAGGAUAUUUUACUGAAAUUCAGGAUUGCUCUAGCUGUCCUUUUACUUCAUUUGUUCCUGGCUACAGCAGGCAAAGAUCAGGAGGAUUUCCUGGGACGAUACAAAGCGGUUUUUAGGACUGAAUGUGAAGAUCCGUGGAUUCUGUCACCGAGAAUUUCUCUGCUUCCUUUGAAAGAAUUCAUUGUCUGUGUGCACCUCAAGCUAAAGUCCUCAGAUAGUCCGUGGACAGCGUAUGUAUAUAAUCAAGAAACACCUCACAGUAAUCUCUCAGCAAAUAAAUAUGAUCUUGGACUUAUGGGAGAUCAUGAUAAAUUGAGAAUAUGGCUGUUUGGGAAUCAAAUAAAUAUGACAGACAUGCUUCGUGAAAAUACCUGGUAUAAAAUAUGUGUCCAGUGGAAAAGUGAAGAUAAGGAGGUGAAGUUAUUCGUAAAUGGAUUGAAAAAAGGAAACAAAAAGCUAGCUGAGAAAAUGAGUCUCCCUGGAAAAGGGCAGUUCUUACUUGGCUGUUCAAAGCUGCCAGGUACAGCUACAUCACCCAACAUGGGAAUGACUGGGGAGCUAUACAUGUUCAGAAUGUGGGAUAAAGCAGAUAUAGAACAUUCCCUGAACUGCAAAGAUGGCAGUAUUAUAGGCUGGAGAAAAAAGGAUUGGGUCUAUAAGAAGACAAUAGAAGAGGAUAACUCUUUGCCUUGUUAUACAGAAGGAACUACCAGACCUACAGAUGCUGUAAAUUCAGGAGCAUUAGCUGCAGCAACCGUUGCUGCUAUGUCUUCAGAAGAAACUGCACAAACUGCAGACACUCUUAGUACCACUGAUUAUUAUUCCACCAUAACACCAGAAACUAUGCCAAGAGAAACCAUUUUAUGCAAUACAUCGACUGUCUGUAAUUUUUCAGUGUUCUAUGUGGGCAAGGCAAAACUUCAGGCGAGUGAAGAAAGCAGUAACACGUCACUAAAUGUAGAAAUAAUUAAUAACAUAACCAUCAGCAAUCACGUUGCAAAAUUAAUUCCAAUUGUGGCACCUACCCUGCAAGAAGUGAAAAUUUCAGAGUUCAACAAAACCUUGCAAGAAGUAAGUGAGUCCUCUGUUAUGGAAUGCAGAGCAGAAAACCAGAGUAUACAUUGCGAUUUCAUAAUAAAGCUGGCUAAGAAAGAGAAUAUAAGCAGUUUAACAGACAAAACAAAAAUAAGUCAAAUUGAUCAGUGCUGCUGUUCAUCACUGAAGUAUUGUUCCUUGACUGCUGAAGAAUUACGGAAGUAUACUAUACAAGUGCCAUCUCAUUCUAUAUGGGCUCCUUUCUCUCUUACUCCUUUUCCCCCUAAAAGGGCUGCUUUUCCUUCUCUCACAUCUAAUACUUUUCUUUACCCCACUUCACUUUCUACCAAACAGGACCCCCUAAUUAAACCACCGACUGCACCAUUCACAGAAAUUUCUACUUCUGGAUCUCUCUCCACAUCUCCCACUACAAGUCCUCUCUCUGAACCUUUUACCACAUCUACCACUGAAACUUCUCUGCCUUCCACCAGUGUUACCACUACACUUUCCUCUUCUGAGUCUUUUGCUCAGACUUCCUUGCUAACUUUUCCGUACACGCCUGCAUCAAAAUCUGGCACUAAUGUUGCUCUCUCAAUUCAGUCUGAUUCUAUAUAUCCUAGAAAGCUGAUCAGAAACAUUUCUCCUGCUGUAGGUUUCACUAAACCUACAACAGUUUCCUCUUCUGAGCUUCCCCCCACACCUCCAAUAGCAAUUCCCCUCUCUGAGACUACCACCAGCUCUAUCACACAAAUUCUUCCUGCUACAGAUUCUAUCAAACCUAUCUCCAUUAAUAAAAGUGUUACCACCGCACCUAUUCUUCCUUUUACUCCUUUCACAACAUCUUUGAUCCCUGCUGUUAGUCCUGUCAAACAUUCUGUCUCAGCUUCUUCUCAUCCUCGUUUUACUGAUGAUGGCCAUGGUAGCCUGCCUAAUGGAAGCACAGAAAAGAUACUAUCAGCUACUGCAUAUACAACUUCCAUGUAUACCACCGUUAAUAUCACCACAGCUGAGCAAAUCGUGUCCAAAAUAGAAAAGGAUUUAGCAGCUGGGAAAGUAGAGCCAAAAGAUGUAGAAAGGAUGGUUAGUGAAGUUAGCAAAAUCUUGACUGCUUCUCAACCAUUACCACCCCGAAUUUCUAACAGAAUAAUAAAACUUGUGGAUUGUAUUGGCUUAAAAUUGAACUUUUCAACAAAGUCUGCUGAUUUUGCCUCCCCUUCCUUGGCUCUGGCAGUUGUCAAAACCAACAGCAUCCGCUUCAGCCAAAUGUCUUUUGCUGUCCAGGACUCAUCUGAUCUCCAGAUCUCUCUAGGUACUGAAGCACUUCAUGACUUAAAUAAUCUUGGAUCAAUUACACUUCCUUCAUCAUUGCUGACAAAUUUACCUCCUGAAGAGUUGGACUUGGCUUCUAGAAUUAUAUUCAACUUUUUUAAAAAGACCACUGUGUUCCAGGAUCCCUCCUUGAAGAAUGCAUCUUUAAUUAGCAAUGUUAUAUCAUCAAGUGUGGCUAACCUCACACUUGGCAACUUAAAGGCAAAUGUUACUGUCACUUUACAGAAUAUCAAACCCAACCAGGAUAAUUCAACAGUUAGAUGUGUUUUUUGGGACUUUAAUAGAAAUGGUGGACAUGGAGGCUGGUCAUAUGAAGGCUGCAUAGUUAAAGAAAGUAGAGCAAAUGAAACAGUCUGUUCAUGCAACCACCUCACAAGCUUCGCAGUUUUGAUGAACGUGUAUGGAAAUACUCCUUUAAAUCCCACACAAGAAUUGGUACUGACUUUUAUAUCCUAUAUAGGCUGUGGCCUCUCUGCAAUUUUUCUUUCUAUUACUCUUGUGACCUACAUAGCCUUUGAGAAAAUCCGGAGAGACUACCCCUCCAAAAUCCUUAUUCAGCUGUGUGCUGCAUUACUUCUGCUCAACCUAGUUUUCCUCCUUGAUUCAUGGAUUGCUUUGUAUGAUACACGAGGCUUAUGCAUUGCAGUUGCUGUAUUUCUUCACUAUUUCCUGUUGGUUUCCUUCACUUGGAUGGGCCUAGAAGCUUUCCAUAUGUAUCUUGCCCUUGUGAAAGUCUUUAAUACCUAUGUACGGAAAUACAUCCUUAAGUUUUGCAUUGUUGGUUGGGGGGUACCAGCAGUGGUUGUGGCCAUUGUGUUGGCAGUGUCACCAGAUAAUUAUGGGCUUAUAUCCACUGGAAUGUUUUCAAACAACAGACCAGAUGAAUUCUGCUGGAUUAAAAGUAGAAUAGCCUUCUAUAUUACUGCUGUGGGAUACUUUUGCGUGAUAUUCCUGAUCAAUAUCAGCAUGUUCAUUGUUGUGCUGGUCCAGCUGUGUCGCAUCAAAAAGAAAAAACAGCUUGGCACUCAGAGAAAAACCAGUAUUCAAGACCUCAGGAGUGUUGCUGGUCUCACAUUUUUGUUGGGAAUUACUUGGGGAUUUGCCUUCUUCACAGUAAAUGAGGUAUUUACAUACCUCUUUACCAUUUUCAACACUUUGCAAGGGUUCUUCAUUUUUAUCUUCUAUUGUGUAACAAAGGAAAAUGUUCGUAAACAGUGGAGAAGAUAUCUUUGUUGUGGGAAAUUCAGGCUAGCUGAAAACUCUGACUGGAGUAGAACUGCUACUAAUGGUUUAAAGAAGCAGACUGUAAAUCAAGGAGUAUCCAGUUCUUCCAAUUCCUUACAAUCAAACAGUAACUCCACUAAUUCUACAACACUGCUAAUGAACAAUGAUUAUUCAGUGCAUGCAAAUGGCAAUGGCCAUCUUCCCAGUGAGAAGAAUGGCGUUUCAUUCAGUGUGCAGAAUGGUGAUGUGUGUCUCCAUGACUUCUCAGGCAAACAAGUUGUAUUUCAAGAAAAGGAUGAUACAGGCAGUCAAAAAAGCCAUAUCUCGCUCAGAAGGACCUCAAAGAGGGGAAGCAUAACUUUUAUUGAGAAAAUGUGAUUUCCUUUUAAACAGUACAUUGUUCUACAGUGUGAAGUACAGAUUUACUUUAACAGUUUUACAUAAUGUGAGAAGACCAGAAACUGAUUUUAUUUAAUAUAUGGUACUGGAACUUCAAGGCAGCCAUGUAAUGGAUUGACAAGGACAAUUACUUAAAAGAAAAAAGAAAAAAGAAAAAGCUGCUAUUUAACAAGGUACUUCAGAUGUCAAAUUACAGCUGACACAUUUCCAUUUUGAUUCUUCAUUGGCCAGCUUUGAGGGGUUUUUUUUUACAUUUAAAGGAAAAUGGUUUUUAGACUUUUUUCAGUACAACUGAGUUAGUUUAUCUGGAUAUAGUACAUAGUAGUAUUGUAUAAAUGUAGGAAAUUACAACCUAUGCAUACAAAGGAUGUUAUCUUUAAAAAUGUUAGCUACACUGUCUCCUUCAACUUUAUGUAGAUUAUAGUUGCAUAGUCUAUAGUGCUGUACAUAAGCAGAAAAAUAUCUACCUUUAAGCAUCUUAAUGAUACUUUUAUAUUUAUUUCUUGUAAUAUAAAUUUAAAUAUUCCUUUGUAUAGAAAAAUAAUUGGUAUUUUGUUUUAACUUUUAUUGUAGUUUGCAGGUGCCUUUAAUUGAAGUAAUUAACCUUGAUACAGAAGCUAAUUUGUUCAGUAAGUGAAAUCACUUAUAGUGGUUUAAAUAUGCUCACUAGAUACAGAACUGUAAGUAUGAACAUGAUCAGUCUUGAACUUUAGUGGCCUCUUACUGCAAUGCGGAGGGAUAGAGGCUGGGUAUCAUCAAAGCAGAGUGUCAAGAGCAAGGGAGUGAUAAAUAGAGUAGACAUUAGGUUAUUAAAUACACCUAAGUUACGUUAGUGGCUCGACUACGUCAUGGGAUUUUUUGCCAUUGAUUUCAGCAAGGUCAGUAUUUUAUCCUGAGUGGUUGUUACAGAGAUUAAACACACUGCUGUUUCUCAUCUGCAGUCAUUAACUAGAGUAGUGUUAUUUUUUUAAGAAAAAAAAUUACAGGAAAUAAAUGCUACCUGCUAUAUUUAGUAGCCAAGCAAAUUGUUGUUUUUGUUAUAUGGUUGGUUUUCUAAGGGGCAGCUCACGAGCUUUAAUGAAUAUUUCUGCUUGUACUUUGGUCCUUGCUUGGCCAACCAAAUUCUGGGGCCCUAGCUCAGUAAAUUCCCAAAGCAAAAUUUCAUUCCCUUUGUGGAAUUUGCCUCAAAAAGGAGGGCUGGAUUUUGGCUCUUCAUGCGUAACAGCUGAAAGUAGGUAGAGCCCAUACAAUGUUGUGAAGAUUCCCCCUAAACAGCAGUGAGCUUUGGGACAUUAGUGAGCAGUGGUUGUGCACGGCCCUGACACAGUUGGGAAGCUCUCGACAUUUUUUUUCUGCUUGUGUUCUUGGACAAAGACUGAACGCUCCUGGAGCUCUUAUGCAUGGGAGCAAGAGCUAGAACAAGUCAGUGUCACUGCAGUGUGCCAGACCCUAUAAAGGAGAUUAUUUGAGGCAGACACAUGCUGGAAGGUAGCAAGUGCUUGGCUUUCUCAGAGGGCUUGGAGGGAGCCCUGGAAACCCUGUUCUCAGCAGAAAGCAUCAGUUACACAUCUCCUAUCUGGGGCUCUGUUGUAGUUUGGCAACUGAACCUCUGAAGCACUCAAACCCUCUUGUGGUUCUAUAUGUAAUGUAUGGUUUUUUUGGUCACCUAUGUCUGAUACUACUCUGAAUAUACUUUUAAAGUAUUUGAAGUAUUUGUUGUGUUUAUCCACAAGGUUUUAACUACAUGUUAAAAAAGAUUGUACUGGAAUGGUAGUAGUUGGAGUGCAUUUCUGUGAAUGCUUUAACUUUUGGGCUAAUUGCCUUUGCACUGUUUCUUGUAAAUUUAUUUAAUGUUCUUGUAUUUAUAUUUUCAAUUGUAAAAAAUAAUAAAUUUAUAGCAAGUAUAACACAUAAGAUAUAUAAA